CAGCCGCCCGACAAAGCAAAGCUACAUCCAUUUACAAUUAAUUGUGAUGUUAAUUAGUGAUAAAUUUUGGUAAAUUUAUCUCCUUUUUCCGAUGGAGUCAGAUAUCAUUUGAUUGUAUGGCAUCUUCAGAUGUGAUUGAUGAUGAUGAAGUACACCAUCACAAUCAUCAUCAUCAUCAUCAGCUUUCUCCAUUGUUGAAGACCCACGGCAACAAUGGGAACAGGAACAGUAACGUGUCAUCGGCAGUUAACCCAAGCACCACCAGUGUCCAUGAACUCCUUGAAUGCCCUGUCUGUACCAAGUCCAUGUACCUUCCGAUCCACCAGUGCCACAAUGCUCAUACCCUCUGUUCAACCUGUAAAACAAGGGUACACAAUCGAUGCCCCACUUGUAGGCAGGAGCUUGGUGAUAUUAGAUGCCUGGCACUAGAGAAGGUGGCCGAAUCUCUUCAACUGCCUUGCAAAUUUACGUCACUCGGAUGCCCAGAGAUCUUUCCCUACUAUAGUAAGCUCAAACAUGAGGCCAUAUGCAACUUCAGGCCAUACAAUUGCCCAUAUGCUGGAUCAGAAUGUGCUGUUGUUGGCGAUAUCCCUCUCCUUGUUGCUCACCUAAAGGAUGACCACAAGGUGGACAUGCACACUGGAUGCACCUUUAACCAUCGUUAUGUGAAGUCUAAUCCUCAGGAAGUAGAAAAUGCAACAUGGUUGCUCACUGUAUUUUAUUGUUUUGGUCAGUACUUCUGUCUGCAUUUUGAAGCCUUUCAGCUCGGGAUGGCCCCUGUUUAUAUGGCAUUCCUCCGUUUCAUGGGCGAUGAGAUCGAAGCCCGCAACUACAGUUAUAGCCUAGAAGUUGGGGGGAAUGGCAGGAAACUCAUUUGGGAAGGCACCCCAAGAAGCAUAAGAGAUAGCCACCGAAAGGUUACGGAUAGCCAUGAUGGCCUUAUUAUACAGCGUAACAUGGCGCUUUUCUUCUCUGGAGGGGACAGGAAGGAGUUGAAGCUGCGAGUAACGGGGCAGAUAUGGAAGGAACAGAAAAAUCCCGAAGGUGGUGCCUGCAUACCCAACCUUUGUAGUUAAAAUGUUAUAGUUGGAUCGAUUGACGUAUUCCUAUUUUGUAGUUAAAAUGUUAUAGUUGGAUCGAUUGAUGCAUAUUAUUGGAAUAUUAAUCGCAGUCGAGGAUUCUUGAAUUCUGUAUGGAUAUUGAAGUCGUAAGCCUUCGCCAUCAUUAACAAUAAGUGGUAUA